AUGUUGUUUCAAAUCACCACUUUCGCGGUUUGGGCCUUCACAGCUACGGCAGGUGCCGCAUUCAUAAUUACGAAACCCACUCCCGACUGGGAGGUCGUCGAUAUCCAUCCUACGUCCAACAAAACCCCUAGGCAAACUAAUGAAGCCGUGUUGAAGCGACGUAUCAACCAGGCCCCAGAAAGUCUAACGAUCGCUAUCAUCAACAACCAAGGAGGGCCGAUCAGCACUUCUCAUGCUUCUAAUGUCGGUGGUCCAAGCCCGAUCUGGGGUGAUAAUGGACCUGGCACCAUUUCUAGUGGAGGAGCAGCAGCCUUAGUCGUUCCAACUGGUUGGGCGGGCAACAUCGCCAUUUACGAAGCUCCAGUAAAUGGAUCCAAGCCUGCCCCAGCAACAGAUAGCUCUUUGAUCGAAGCGUCUUUUGUGGUUCCGGAUGGGUAUGACACAGCAGUGGCUGAUAUCGACGUAUCUUAUGUAAACGGCUUCAGCAACGCUAUCACUUGUGCCUGCUCCAACAUUGUCGUAACCGGGUGUAGCCUUGACCUGUGGGAUAUGAACGUCUGUCCCACUAACGACGACAACGGCGGCGCUUGUGCCAAUCCCCUUCGGCCAAACCUGAACGCAACCAUCGCGACAACAUUCUUUGCUCCAUGUCAAGGGGCAGCUUACACAUUCCCUCACGACGAUGGGGCCAAUAGCUGGGGCGAGUGUCAGAGCGGAGAAAUUACCUGCUGCGUCGGCACAGCCUGCUUCUCAAAUCCUAAACAGUCCUCCAGUAUUCAACGCAGGUAG